GUGUGUCUUGUAUCGAAUCUCUUUGUGCUUGUUGUUGCUGAAGCUGAUUUUUCAUUUUUCUUUGUUUCAGCUGCAAAUUCUCCUGGAAAGCAUAGUUGGAGCUGUUUGGUAGGUGAGAAACUUCGCUGAAGGUUCUGGAAGAUUGAAUACUGCAAACUUCUGGUUCUAAGAAGGGCAAGGACAAGAGGGUAGUGCGAGCACUGGUGGUGGAAUAUCUAAUUCUCUCUCUGCUUCCGCACCAGCUAAUAAUUAUUCAGUUUUGAUUUCUUGAUAGAUUGUUAUUCCUUCUCAACUUGGGAAGGAAUAUUUAGGCCUAAAAUUAUGCAGGAAUCAGUUCAAGUUGAUGAACUUUUACCAUCCAAUUUGUUCAAUUUUGUGGAAUUUUAAAUCAAGUUAUAUUUAGUGUGGUUGAUCUACUAAUUUGAACUCAUCAUGUGGUCUGGGUCAAGUACUCUUGUUCAGAUUGAGAGUUGUCACUUGAUGGAAAGAUCUAUUUUGCCAUGUUAAUAUGUCACGGUUGUCUAACCUCAUGGCCUAAGUGUUUUCCACACUAUGAGGGUACUGUGACACAUUGCACAAAAGGAUCUUUUUACAUGAUGGGUCUCAUUUAGUAGACCAGGUGUGCUUAAAUUUGCUUUAUUUGAACUUAUAUUCUCUAAAGGUGUUUUAGAAAAUACAUGUCCAAGUGUGGCCAUGUUUAACAGCGAUUUUUUUUGUUUUUCUUACUAUUUUUGGGAGGAUUCUGGAUCACAAAUUAUGUGAUUUUACAUGAGUUGAUGCAAUGGAAAAUGGGGUUUGUUCUUGAUGGAACCUACAUGGAUCUGAGGGCCGAAGGGUUUAUUUUUAUAUUACGAUAAGUCUAUUAAAUGGGACUCAUCAGAUGGUGUGUUUUAUAUUAAUCUUCUUAAAAGAGUUCAAGAUGCAUGUUUAUAACACAGGAGCAGGACUAUGCAAAUUAGUUGUUCCCAAUUAUAAAUAUGCUGAGCUUCAAUAUUAAGUAGUUAGGACACAUUGUGUGAUGAGUCCCAUCUAGUAGAUUUACUGUACUGAAAAUCAACUCAAAUAAUCGGCCAAAGAAAAAAAAAAUCAAUGCAAGGUGAAAAUUGUUGUAUUAGAUAUUCAUCUGAGCAAUAUGGUUCCACUGAUGUUUGUUUUGCUACUCUUUUUGUUUGGAAUAGUGGUGUUGUUGGUAUAGUGGAGUUUGGAGUUUUAGAGAUGAUAGUUAUUGGGAAUGGCUAUUUUAAUGCCACUCUGCUAUCCACAUGCUUCAAUGUGUAUCCAGCUUAAAGUGGUCUUGAAAUAGCCCAGUCCUAGUUAUUUUGUAGCAUCAAGAUGUCAUUUUUAUUUUUAUUUUUAUUUUUAUUUUCACAUAGACAUAGCAUGAGAUCCUAAACAUCAACACUGGAACUAUUUUAAGAUCAGCCUUGCUUCUGAUGGAACGUUGAGAGUGUAGCGUGUUUCUUUUCAGCAUUAUAAGAACACUACCGAAUAUUAAGAGGUUUGAGUUUCUGGUCAUGUGUUAAAUUAUGGGAAAUCCAUUUUACCACCUACCUUGAUAUUGGAUGUGUGCUCAAUAUACAGCAGCUGUUUUC